CUAAUAUUAAGUUUUAGUUAUAAAAUAGAUGUAGUUUGUUUUGUGAUUAUUUGAUUACGUAGUUGAAAAGUGAUGUUUAUAAAACAAUUAAUAAUCUUAAGUAAAGUGAAAUGAAUGCUGUUUAGUCCGAGCCCACCGAUACGCAUUUGUUAUUUUUGAAUAUGUGUAAACAAUAGCAUUUCCUAGUUAAGGGCGAUAACAGCAAAUCAAAUGGCAGAUACACAUAUAUGGGAAGCAGCUGAGGUCCUCAUAAACAGUAUGCCGAGUACACAGUAUAGAAAUAUAUCUCACUCCUCAGUGAACAUCACAGCCGAGGAGCUCGCAUCUGGUAGUCAGCCAAACGGCAGACUAUCCAGCGUCAGAAGAUUCUUCUGUUUGUUUGUCACCUUUGACAUACUGUUCACUAGUUUAAUGUGGCUGAUAUGUGUAAUGAUGCGAGGAGAGACACUCAUAGAAAUCUUCAAUAGAGAAAUAGUCCAUUACGACAUCAAAGUGUCAUUGUUUGAUAUAGUCAUAGCAGCCAUACUAAGAUUCGUUCUGUUGUUAAUAUUCUAUGCAGUUAUAUGCAUUAAUAAUUGGAGUGUUAUUGCGCUUUCAACGGGCGGUACAUGUGCCUUUUUGAUAGGAAAAGUAUUCGUUUACGACUGGCCGAACGCGUCGCAGCCAGUGUAUCAAGUGUUCCUCAUCUUGACUUCCUUCACCCUGGCCUGGGGGGAAGCUUGGUUUCUUGACUUCCGAGUGCUACCCCAUGAACAACAUGCCAAACAACUAUUGGAGACUAUAGUUCAACGUACAAGUGAGCGUACGCCCCUCCUCGCGCCCCGUACUUCCGGGGAGUCCACAGUGAACUGGUUCUCUCCUGUGGACACACCACAGUCGAGCCCUAGGCCUCCAAGGGACGUCAUCCUAACACAGGAACAAAUAGAUGAAUACAAACAGAUGGCAGAGGAGAGUAUGGCGAACGCCUGGAACACUAUCAACCUGGAGGACUGGAGGCUGGAGAAGCGAGGUUCAGUUAAAGGAGACGUGGUCGAGUCGAAACAGACCGAGCAGUUCGGGAAGGUUUACAGGUUUACCGGUAUGGUUUCUUGCCCAGCAAAAUUUCUGUAUGAAGAAUUCAAAACGAACCUCACAAAGCUUCCGGAAUGGAAUCCGACCAUAUUGAAGAGCGAAUUGAUCAAGGAAAUCGGGCCGGGCAUCGAUCUGUCCUACCAAGUGACAGCCGGCGGUGGCCGGGGUAUAAUUGCGCCCCGCGACUUCGUCAUACUCAGACGGACGGCCGCCCUUAAUAAGAUGGGGAAAUUGGACGAUAAUGACCCCUACUGUUAUAUUAGCAGUGGGGUCAGUGUCACUGUGCCGGGAUACCCGCCAUGCAAUGAUCUGGUUAGAGGUCACAAUAAAGUGGGCUGCUGGCGCAUGACUCCCAAGAUGGUGGAAGUAAAUAAUAAAAUGGAGCAACAAACUGUCUUCCAAUGGCUGAUGUGCUGUGACCUUAAAGGUAAAAUUCCCCAAUUUGUGCUGGAUGCGGCCUUCGCCUCAGUAAUGUUGGACUACAUCAUACAUGUCAGAAAAUAUGCAGCGGAAAGCAAAGCCAAGGGACUCUUCUAAUGAGAAAUCGAGAUAUCUAAAUAUAAUGUGUAUCUUCAUUUGUAAUACAAAAAUGUAUAUAUUAUAAGUUUGAAUUUAAUUUGAUAUGAUUUUAAUGUGAAAGAUAAAAUUUAUAAUUUA